AGUGUUCCGCCCUCCGGCCGGGCUGUGAGCUUCAGGAACGCCGGCCGGCUCCGCGGCGUCUCUCACAGCUCCGUGGCAGACGGCUCGGCUACGGCGGCGAGCAUGGCAGCGGCGGCGGCCCGCGGGGUUGGGGCGAAGGCGGCGGCCGCCUUGCGGGGCGGCUGCGGGGUUGCGGGGCGCGGGCGACCGCAGGCGGCCACCACCCGGCCCCUAUGCACUGCCCCCGGGGCCGCCCCGGACAUGAAGAGCUACCUGUGGGAUCGCUACCGGGAAGCGAAGCGGAGUACACACGAAUUGGUUCCUUCAGUUAUGAGCAACUUGUUGAAUCCAGAUGCCAUUUUCUCGAACAAUGAAAUGAGCCUGUCGGAUAUUGAGAUCUAUGGCUUUGAUUAUGACUACACCCUGGUGUUUUAUUCGAAGCACCUGCACACACUGAUAUUUAAUGCUGCUCGGGACCUUCUCAUCAAUGAACACCGGUACCCUGCGGAGAUCCGGAACUAUGAGUAUGACCCCGACUUCGCCAUCCGUGGGCUGCACUACGAUGUCCAACGGGCGAUCCUGAUGAAGAUUGAUUCAUUUCAUUAUAUCCAGUUGGGAACGGUCUACAGAGGCCUCAGUGUGGUCCCUGAUGAAGAGGUCAUUGAAAUGUAUGAGGGGUCCCAUGUGCCCUUGGAGCAGAUGAGUGACUUCUAUGGCAAGAGCUCGCACGGGAACACCAUGAAACAGUUCAUGGACAUCUUCUCCCUGCCAGAGAUGACACUCCUAUCGUGUGUGAAUGAGUACUUCCUGAAGAACAACAUUGACUACGAGCCUGUGCACCUGUACAAAGAUGUCAAGGAUUCCAUCCGGGAUGUGCACACCAAAGGGAUCAUGUACCGGGCCAUUGAAGCCGAUAUUGAGAAGUAUAUCUGCUAUGCUGAGCAGACCCGCGCCGUGCUGGCUAAGCUGGCAGACCAUGGCAAGAAGAUGUUCCUCAUCACCAACAGCCCCAGCAGCUUCGUGGACAAAGGCAUGAGGUACAUCGUGGGCAAGGACUGGAGGGACCUGUUUGAUGUGGUCAUAGUUCAGGCAGAGAAGCCCAACUUCUUCAAUGAUAAGCGGAGACCUUUCCGGAAAAUGAAUGAGAAAGGUGUCCUACUCUGGGAUAAAAUCCACAAGUUGCAGAAGGGCCAGAUUUACAAGCAGGGCAAUUUAUAUGAGUUUCUGAAGCUCACUGGAUGGCGUGGCUCCAAAGUGUUGUAUUUUGGAGAUCACAUAUACAGUGACCUGGCGGACCUGACCCUGAAGCAUGGCUGGCGAACUGGCGCCAUCAUCCCGGAGCUGAGAGCCGAGCUCAGAAUCAUGAACACGGAGCCGUAUGUGCAGACCAUGACCUGGCUGCAGACCUUGACUGGGUUGUUGGAGCAGAUGCAGGUUCACAGAGACACGGAGUCACAGCUGGUUCUGCAGGAGUGGAAGAAGGAGCGUAAGGAGAUGAGAGAAAUGACCAAGAAUUUUUUCAAUGCCCAGUUUGGAAGCUUGUUUCGCACAGAUCAGAACCCCACCUACUUUCUGAGGCGCCUGUCCCGAUUUGCCGACAUCUACAUGGCUUCGCUGAGCUGUCUCUUGAACUACGACGUCAGCCACACGUUCUACCCCCGGCGGACUCCGCUGCAGCAUGAGCUCCCCGCCUGGUCUGACAUGCCGGCUGCCUGCAGAACCCCGCUCCUGCACGAGGCCCAGGCCAAGUAACCACACGCCCGCCUUCUGGAAAGGGCCAGAAGUGGUGGCGACCCCCCAUUGGGAAGGCAUGACCAGAUUGGCUUUGUGGGUCUGAGUGUUGCUUUUGGAAAAGAUACCUGUAUGCCUUUUGACAUUGACUUGGUACCUUGUGGCGAAUACCCUGCAGACAGGAUCGCUCAGUGUGCUGGUUGCAUCUCCCUCCACUCUUGAGAAUGAGGGGCAGGCUUCACGUGGAAAACCCUGACCCAGCGUUUUGGUUCACCAGGGUCCAAGAAUGGACAUCAGGUUUCCUGGGUGAGCUGAGCCUGCUCGCUGCAUCUGUGUAUUCCGGCCAGUCGAGGGUGAACUCUGUUCUCACUUCCACUGUGGAAUGACUGCUGCACAUUUGCAGGUGGUGUGUGAGGGCCAGCAGGGUCCCAAGGCCACGCAGACGUGUGGCGGGUGCUCUGAAUGCUGAAGAGCCAGUGAGCUGUACCAUGGCCACGUGCCACAGUAGGUGGCAGAGGUGAGCUCCAUGCUGUGUGAGCCUAAGGUGUUGUGGUCCUUUGCAUCACAUGAAGAGAACUCAACGUCCCUGGAAGGACUUUGCUCGAGAAAAAGCAAGAACCCGUUGUCCUCAGUGUGUGCUUUCUGUGCCAGCCUCCACACGGGGGAGGUGGGACCAGGGGUGCAGGUUGACCCAUUCCCCAGGCAGGGGAGUGGAGGAGGUGAAACUAAGCAGAGCCAGAAACCCUGCAUGAGGCCUCCCAGCGCCUAGCACGGCUGCACCUCCCUCCCACGUGGUGGCUUCAUGUACUUCUUGGAGGAGGCAAAAUGGAACAGGAAAACAUCAAUGGAAUGAAACCUAGCAACAUCCUGCAGCAGCCGCUGGGUUAAGUUGGAGUCUUCUGCAGCUAAGGGGUGCAUUCCCCCAAACACAGGCAUUCCCUGAAACCAUCCUCAACUAGAAGUGAAGCAAGGGGCCUGCUUCCCCGGCAACCCAUCCAUGGAAGGGUCCAGCAGGGAAGGAGGCUGCCGACCUGGAGCCAUCUCUGCCUCUUCUCUCAGCUUUGUUUCCUGCCGGGUGCGAGUGGCUCUGUGGGAGCUGGGGAGAGGAUGCGGGACAUCGAAGCCCAUGGGUAGAUCUGAUGUAGCUGAUUGAGCGCUUCCCAUUUCUCAUGCAAGUGGUGAAUGUUCCUUUUGUUUUCAAUUUUAGAGAAGAAUCCUUUAUCAUGUCAGUAUCCUUCAGCAGAGUUUCUGUGUUCUCAGUGGGCUGGGGGAGUGCCUGCUGCUGUCAGUUUAUGGUGCUGUUGAUAAUGUUGUUAUUGCAUUUGCUGCGUGUGUACUUCUUCUCAGAUGAGUCUCAUCUCCAGUUGGCUGAAAUGCAUUUUAAACCUUUGCUGGGAUGUAUUUUCUUUGAAGAAUGGCCAGAGCUAAAGGGGGCUUGAUUAUGGAGAGUGCUUGCCUAUUGAGCCUUUGUAUUGUGCUAAAUGUAUUGUUGUCAGGCUGACUUGGCAUUCCUGUAUGCCUGCCAAAACACAGCAGCUGGAGGAGUGCUUUGGCAUCUUCAUAAUGCUUCUUCGUGGGAGUGUCCUUGUAGCAUUUUGUUGUAUUGAACUAUAUGGAGUAGGUGACUCUUUAGACCCAAGUAGGUCCCCUCUUUUCUUCUAAGCCAGUGAGGGAUAAUAGGUCCAGUGGUCUGUUUUGGGUUUGGAACUGAGCAGGCAUCUUGCUUGCUGCUUGUUGGCUCCUGGGUGCCCCAGGCCUUGGAGUGUGUCGGAGGCUGACAUGUCAUGGGUGCAGGUGUUGCCCGUUGCUGCUCAGUGGCAUAGUCCAACAGGUGCUCUGGGCUUGGCAUUUCUUCUUUGGAGAAGCAGUGUGAAGUGUGUAGACAUUGUCUAAAAACCAACUCAGUUUGGUAUUAAAUUAGAUAUUCUGUUCUUUGCUGUGUGCCAGUUACAGGGUGUUUUGUUUACUUUUAAGAAGUAGAAUUGCCUUGAAAACCUGUGUUCAGGGUGGGUGAACGCAGCCUUGGGGCAGAGGGCCAACUCCCAGGCAUGAGGAAUGGAUUUUCCAAUGUCUUCCCUUAUGGAAGCAGUGCAGCCUCCUGGCCACUGAGCUCAGCAGAAUAGCUAGCAGAGGCCUGGCACCUUGCAA